CAGGCAACUGGAUGGUCGUUAAGCCCGUUGUGGAGUCGACUCGGCCGCCCCCGAAGCUUCUGUCUCUCGAGCCCCCGCCUCCGCCGCCGGCAACCCCGGCAAACCUGGGGUAUGACUGGUACUACACAGACGGCGACAGUGCCCUUGCUAUGCAUCCUGGAGUCGAGACGCCUGCGCCGUCGGUUUCAUCGCUCCAAGGCACUGUUGCGGGUACCACAGCCGCACCCCAAGCCUCGAGCGAGCCUCCCGAGACCAUGGACGUUGUUCAGGGCUUGAUCCUCAACGAUCGACGGCGCAGCAUGAUGGGCAUCCGACCGAUCACCCCGCAUCAGUACAUGUCGGAUCUGCCCGCGCCCACGAUUCCACUACACGGGCCUGUUGAUGUGGCUGUUUUGCAAGAGUCAGAGAAGGAAACCAUUGCCCGAAGAAUGUCUCUGAUCGCAGAGAAGCGACCACCGACGGCGCAACGACACCAGACCAUGCAGGCUCGACCUUGUAGUGGCGUGCAACGAGAGCGCCAGAGAAGCAUCGUCAAGCCUCACGACCCGCGUCCCAUCAUUCCCGAAGUGCCAGCGGAGGACGAAAGAGCGAGCAGUGUGCUGCCGUCCGCUCUUGCCAUCGUGCGGCGCCAGCUGUAUCUGAUUGGCUAUGCGAUCGUCGCCAUCCAAAGGGCAUGGCGGCAUUUUGCGACCGUCCGGAAACGAAUGUUCUACCAUGAUGCUGCGACCUUCAUUCAGCGACACUACCGAUACUGGAAGCUCGCACGGUACUACCGUGAGAUGAUGAAAUCUAUGACCGGCGAUGCUUCCUUUGAUUUCGACCACUCACUGUCCACUUGGUCGCAACUCAAUCACACCGUCAGAGAGCGCGAAACCGACAGCCUCACCAACAUCAAGUUUCGCCGGUUCCGGGUAUACAUCCGGACGAGAAAGGAGGCGUCAAAGCCUGUGAUUCAUCACAUCGAUGGCAGAGCAGCCGACGUUGGAGUAGCUGGGGAUGUUGAUGGUGGCACUGAGGGACUGACCAAUGCCGCUGCCUUACAAGAUACCCAACACAUGGACUCGAGCGACAACUCAGGCGCAAUACCUUCCCAACUUGAACACACUGUACAAGAUGCCGGGGAGAUUGAACUGGUGUGGGGUCUGGUUGGUCUCUGGAGUACGGCCUUCGAUUGCGGCAGUCUGCCCAAGGAGGACCGGUUGCUUCUUGGCAUGGCCAGCGACACUCGACACGACCACGAUCACGUUCGAUUCCAUGAUGAUUUCCAUGCACCGGGCCAGAGAUCGGUUCACACAACAGAUUCCAAAACAGGGGAUAUCAUAACCGCCGACAGCCGGAGGCCCUCCAAAGUCGCCAUGGAACGACGUCGAUCCAGUGUUUCUUCUCGACGAAGCAACCAGACUCACAGCGAAGAUACCGAUCUCGAGCCGACCACCCACUCACCAAUGGGCUCGACUCACAAAAUGGUGUCCCGUAAUGAGUCAAACUCUGUUCCUGGGAAGUCAAGCAGACGAGCGAGCGUCGUCAAGCCGGGUUACAAGCGCCAGCGGAGCUUCAGUGUCGGAAGCGAUCCUCGAAAGGGCGACACCGAACCGAGUAGCGAAGCUGCAGCAGAUAUCGCGCGCGAGCGAUUCAAACGCUCACGGCAGCCGUCAAAGGAAUCAGACAACUCCAGCCAGCUGACGGACGCGACUGCAGAAGCCAGGAACAGUGCUGUUGAGCGACGACACCAGCGAUCCCACAGCAUGGUGGAGUACAGCCCAUCUUACAGCAAGUUCACUGCAGCGCACGGACUGAGUGGAAUCCAGGACAUUGGAGACGAUGCCGAGUCCGACUCCCUGAAUGGAACCAUCAUCAGCGAGAACUCAUCCGAAUACCAGUGGAACAGCUGGUAUGGGCAUUCAAAGUCUGUGGCGCCGCCUGCUCCGCCCAAGAGGAGCGUCCUUCACCACCCCUUCCACCAUGGAUUGAUGCAUUUGGUACCAGCCCAGGCAGUGGUGGAGGUUCUCCGUGGUUUGGUGCAGAUCGCUGGCGCCGACGUGCGGCUGAAUCUCGGCGGCGAUCCACUCGAUGGGUCCUUUGAAAAAUCACUGCGGGAUCUGGGUUGGGAGUCCCGGCAGGAGCGAUCGCGGUCCAGUAGCGCCCGACAGGGAUGUCGCUCAGGCAGAGCGUCCAUCGCAAAACCAGGGUAGAGUACAGUAAAGGCAUAGCGACAACAUGACCCCAGUACCGGGAGUACAUUUCCAGGGAACUCUGUGUGGGAAACGGUGAGACACGGCCAUCAAGCCAUCACCUUGGAGUUACAAUAUCAUCGCAGUAAUUCGGGUGAGGGUAUUGCGGCAGUUUGCAUGUAGUCCAGAGCUGAUUGGGUG